UUCACGUAAUCAUCUUCUGUGCGCUGGGAGAGAGGAGCUGCUGCCACUGCCCUGACAAGUCCCGUUCCCCCGCAGUGUACUGAUUGCAGGAUCGGCGUCCCACUAGAAACGCUAUAUACUGCUAUGGCUUCAGUGUGGGUAGGCAGCAGAGGAACUGUGAAAGAUUUCCCAGGCUUCAGUGCUGGCAAAGAUGCUGAUGCAAUCCGAAAGGCAAUCAAAGGAUUGGGAACCGAUGAAGAUUCAUUAAACAACAUUCUGACACAAAGGUCCAACACGCAGCGGCAGCUAAUUGUAAAGGAAUAUCAGGCAGCCUGUGGGAAGGAGCUGAAAGAUGAUUUGAAAGGUGAUCUUUCUGGCAAUUUUGAACACAUCAUGGUGUCCCUUAUAUUGCAUCCAGCUUAUUUUGAUGCAAAGCAGCUGAAGCAAGCAAUGAAAGGCACAGGUACAACAGAAAGCAUUUUAAUUGAAAUUCUAGCAUCAAGAACCAGCAAACAAAUGAAAGAAGUAGGAGAUGCCUACUAUACAGUAUACGGGAAAAGCCUUGGAGAUGAAAUCAGUUCUGAAACAUCUGGCGACUUUAGAAAAGCCCUGCUGUUCUUAGCCAAUGCCAGACGUGAUGAAAGUAUGAAGGUGGAUGAACAGCUUGCUAAAAAGGACGCAGAGAUUCUGUACAAUGCUGGUGAGAAAAAAUGGGGCACAGAUGAAGACAAGUUCAUUGAAAUUCUAUGUCUGAGAAGUUUUCCCCAACUUAAGCUAACAUUUGAUGUUUACAAGAGUAUAUGCAGUAAAGAUAUUGAAGACAGCAUAGCCAGUGAGAUGUCUGGGCAUCUUGAGGAUUUGCUAAUUGCUAUAGUACAAUGUGCAAGAAACUUGCCGGCAUUUUUUGCUAAAAGACUACACAAAGCCCUCAAGGGUGCAGGAACAGAUGAGUUCACUCUGACGAGAAUAAUGGUCACUCGAUCAGAAUUAGACCUUUCGGAAAUCCGUAACGAGUACAAGAAGCUUGCCGGAUACUCCUUGCAUUCUGCUAUUAAGUCGGACACUUCAGGAGAUUAUGAGGCAGCACUUUUAAAGCUCUGUGGAGGAGAAGACUAAGUGGAAAGAGAAAACAAGAAGAAAAUGUUUCCCUGCAAACAUGUGCAUUUUACAACAAAAAUAUAUAGUCUUAUUAACACUGAUGUGACGAAGUAUAGCUGCUAAAUAAACCUGUUCUUUACUGUA